GGGUCUUGAGACAAUCAGCCAAGUAGCAGGAUUGAUUUGAGCUGCAGUCGUUCACUCUUCUGGCAUCUGCCUCACGACCUCUCACGUCGAAGUGGUAUCGCGAGAAGUACCGACAGCUGAAGAAUACUGCUUGAUUCCGCGUCUAUCGUCACUCACCUUCGCGCGACCACGCUACCUGAGUCAUCCUCUUUCUGGUUUCCUUCCAUAAACCCUGAUUCACGAGCGGAAGCCACAGUCGUGCCAGUGCCGAUUCUACUGGACGUUCUCUAGCACCACGGAAGGUGAAGCGGCUGCGAAGGAGGAACAUACUUUACAAACAGCAGACAUGUCUGCGCCCAACGUUCUCAAACUGCCCCGCAAGAUUCGUGAUCGCAUAUUCGAGAUGGUGCUACGAGUGCCCCAUCCGAUAUACCUUUUCCAAGAGAUGGAGGAGCUAGUAGAAGCAUUUGCGCCCGAAAAGCCUAUCCAAUGGCUCGCAAUGCUUUAUACUAGCAAACAACUCGGAACCGAAGCAAGUGCUGUGCUAUACGGCAGGAACAAAUUCAGUCUCUUGGAGACGACGCCGAAGGAGAAGAUUCUGCUGAAGACCUUCUUGCAUGGGAUAGGACUAGUAAACGCAAGCUCAAUCUCACACAUGUGUAUUAGCUUCCCGUCUCUCGACAGUCAGGCUGAUUAUAGCCAGUUCCGAGAAGACAGUGCUGAAAUUCUAGCGCUUCUCCGAGAGAAGUGUACUAGGCUAAAGGCGCUGGAACUUCUUAUGCAUAGUAAGAAUUGCGGCGGAUGGACUAGUACUACUGAAAACACAAUAGAUAACAUUGGGGGUGCAUUACCCUAUAUCGACCGGCAGCUGAACACCAUCAAUGGUAGAAUCCAGAUAUCUGUAAGAGUCUACAGUGGAACUCUACACCCCCUGGUAUCUGCUACUAUGCAGGACUUGGGAUGGCUCAUACUGGCCCGAGAAUAACAGACAAUCUCAACUGAAAAAUCAUUCAGACGUGCAUUAUUCCAGAC